GCUGCCGUUGGUAGCCGUGGGGGCGGGGAAGGGAGGGAGGCGAGCCGAGGAGGAGAAGGAGGAGGAGGCGGAGGAGGAUCGGGCUCGCGCCGCCGUAGGGAAAGAGAUGCUGGUCGCAAGUUUUGGAAAACCGUAUUUUUUUAUGGAACAGUGUUCUGUAAAAGUUUUAUAAGAUUCCUUGGCAAUAACACACUUGUGAUGGACUCUAGGAAUACUGCUAUGUUAGGAUUGGGUUCUGAUUCCGAAGGAUUUUCAAGGAAGAGUCCUUCUACCAUCAAUACUGGCACUCUGGCCAGCAAGAGAGAAGUAGAAAUAGAGAGUAACACGAAAGAAGAAGAGGAUCCGCGCAAGCGGAAUCGAGAAAGGAACAGUGAAGUAGGAAAAGAUGAUGGUUUGACUGAUGCACAGCAACAGUUUUCAGUGAAAGAAACAAACUUCUCAGAGGGAAACUUAAAAUUGAAAAUUGGCCUUCAGGCUAAGAGAACUAAAAAGCCUCCAAAAAACUUGGAGAACUAUGUGUGUCGGCCUGCCAUAAAAACAACCAUCAAGCACUCAAGAAAAGCACUUAAAAGUGGGAAGAUGACAGAUGAGAAGAGUGACCACUGCCCUUCAAAAUGGGACCCUUCAAAACUGUACAAGAAAGCAGGUGAUGCUUCAGCCAUGGAAUGCCAAUCUGAAGAAAGCGUCCAUCUUCAUUCACAGGGAGAAAAUAAUCCUUUGUCUAAGAAGCUUUCUCCGGAACAUUCACAAAUGGCGGAUUACAUUAAUUCAGCACCAUCUCUUGCUGGCGGACGGGAUCCUGAUGUAAAAGACAGAGCAUUACUUAAUGGAGGAACUAGUGUAACAGAGAAGUUGGCACAGCUCAUUGCUACCUGUCCUCCUUCCAAGUCUUCCAAGACAAAACCGAAGAAGUUAGGAACUGGCACUACAGUAGGAUUGGUUAGCAAGGACUUAAUCAGAAAACCAGGUGUUGGCUCUAUAGCUGGAAUAAUUCAUAAGGACUUAAUUAAAAAGCCAGCUCUUAGCACAGCAGUUGGGUUGGUAACUAAAGAUUCAGGGAAAAAGCCUAUGUUCAAUGCAGCGGUAGGAUUGAUUAGUAAGGACUCUGUGAAAAAAUUGGGAACUGGCACUACAACAGUAUUCAUUAAUAAAGACUUAGGCAAAAAGCCAGGGACUAUCACUACAGUAGGACUGCUGAGCAAAGAUGCAGGAAAGAAGCUAGGAAUUGGUAUUGUUCCAGGUUUAGUGAAUAAAGAGUCUGGCAAGAAAUUAGGACUUGGCACUGUAGUUGGACUGGUUAAUAAAGAGUUGGGAAAGAAAUUGAGUUCUACAGUUGGCCUAGUGGCCAAGGAUGUUACGAAGAAGAUUGUAGCGAGUUCAGCAAUGGGACUGGUUAAUAAGGACAUUGGAAAGAAAUUAGUAAGUUGUCCUCUGGCAGGACUAGGCAAUAAAGAUGCCUUAAACCUUAAAACUGAAGCACUGCUUCCCACUCAGGAACAACUUAAGGCUUCUUGUAGUGCAAACAUCAAUAAUCAUGAAAGUCAAGAACUUCCUGAGUCUCUGAAAGACAGUGCCACCAUCAAAACUUUCGAGAAGAAUAUUCUGCGGCAUAGUAAAGAAAGCAUGUUGGAAAAGUUUUCAGUCCGAAAAGAAAUUACUAAUUUGGAGAAAGAAAUGUAUAAUGAAGGAACGUGCAUUCAGCAAGACAAUUUCUCAUCUAAUGAAAGGGGAGUCUUUGAGACCUCAAAGCAUGAAAAACAACCUCCUGUCUAUUGCACUUCUCCAGACUUUCAGAUGGGAGUUGCCUCUGAUGCGUCUACAGCUAAGUCUCCCUUUGGUGCAGUAGGAGAAAGCAAUCUUCCUUCCCCUACACCUACUGUAUCUAUUAAUCCUUUAACCAGAAGUCCCCCCGAAACUUCUUCACAGUUGGCUCCAAACCCGUUACUUUUAAAUUCUACAGCAGAACAAAUGGAAGAAAUUUCUGAAUCUAUUGGAAAGAACCAGUUUACUGCUGAAAGUUCUCACUUGAAUGUUGGUCAUAGGCCAUUAAGUCAUAGCAUAAGUAUUGAGUGUAAAGGAAUUGAUAAGGAAAUCAGUGAAUCAAAAAAUACACAUCUAGAUAUUCCUAGAAUAAGUUCUUCCUUGGGGAAAAAGCCAAGUUUGGCUUCUGACUCUGGUAUUCACACAAUAACUCCUUCAGUUGUUAACUUUACUAGUUUAUUUAGUAACAAACCCUUUUUAAAGCUUGGUGCAGUAGCUGCAUCAGACAAACACUGCCAAGUUGCGGAAAGCCUGAGCACUAGUUUCCAGUCCAAACCAUUAAAAAAAAGGAAAGGAAGAAAACCUCGGUGGACUAAAGUGGUGGCAAGAAGCACAUGUCGGUCUCCAAAAGGACUAGAUUUAGAAAGAUCCGAGCUGUUUAAAAAUGUUUCAUGUAGCUCACUAUCAAAUAGUUCUGAGCCAGCUAAGUUUAUGAAAAAUAUAGGAGCAUCGUCUUUUGUUGAUCACGACUUUCUUAAACGCCGAUUGCCAAAAUUGAGUAAGUCUACAGCUCCAUCUCUUGCUCUCUUAACUGACAGUGAAAAACCAUCUCAUAAAUCUUUUAUUGCUCACAAACUUUCCUCCAGUAUGUGUGUCACUAGUGAUCUUUUGUCGGAUAUUUAUAAACCCAAAAGAGGAAGACCUAAAUCCAAGGAAAUGCCUCAACUAGACGGUCCACCUAAAAGGACUUUGAAAAUACCUGCCUCUAAAGUUUUUUCUUUACAGUCUAAAGAAGAACAAGAACCCCCAAUUUUACAGCCAGAAAUUGAAAUUCCUUCCUUCAAACAAAGUUUGUCUGUAUCUCCUUUUCCAAAAAAGAGAGGCAGGCCUAAGAGGCAGAUGAGAUCUCCAGUGAAGAUGAAGCCACCUGUACUAUCAGUGGCUCCAUUUGUUGCCACUGAAAGUCCGAGUAAGCUAGAGUCUGAAAGUGAAAACCACAGAAGUAGCAGUGAUUUCUUUGAGAGUGAGGAUCAGCUUCAGGAUACAGAUGACUUAGAUGACAGUCAUAGGCAAAGUGUCUGUAGUAUGAGUGACCUUGAGAUGGAACCAGAAAAAAAAAUUAGCAAGCGAAACAAUGGACAAUUAAUGAAAACAAUUAUUCGCAAAAUAAAUAAAAUGAAGACUUUAAAGAGAAAAAAACUGUUGAAUCAGAUUCUUUCAAGUUCUGUAGAAUCAAGUAAUAAAGGAAAAGUACAAUCCAAACUUCAUAAUACAGUAUCAAGUCUUGCUGCCACAUUUGGCUCUAAAUUGGGCCAACAAAUAAAUGUCAGUAAGAAAGGAACCAUUUAUAUAGGGAAGAGGAGGGGUCGGAAACCAAAAACUGUCUUAAAUGGCCUUCUUUCUGGUAGCCCUGCCAGCCUUGCUGUGCUUGAACAAACAGCUCAGCAGGCAGCUGGGUCAGCACUAGGACAGAUCCUUCCCCCCUUACUGCCUUCACCUGCUAGUAGCUCAGAGAUCCUUCCAUCCCCUGUUUGCUCUCAGUCUUCUGGGACUAGUGGAGGUCAGAGUCCUGUUAGUAGUGACGCAGGCUUUGUUGAACCUAGUUCAGUGCCAUAUUUGCAUAUGCACUCCAGACAGGGCAGUAUGAUUCAGACUCUUGCAAUGAAGAAAGCUUCCAAGGGGAGGAGGCGAUUAUCUCCUCCUACUUUGUUGCCAAAUUCUCCUUCUCAUUUGAGUGAACUCACAUCUUUGAAAGAAGCUACUCCUUCCCCAGUUAGUGAAUCUCAUAGUGAUGAGACUAUUCCCAGUGAUAGUGGCAUUGGGACAGAUAAUAACAGCACAUCAGACAGGGCAGAGAAGUUUUGUGGACAGAAAAAGAGGAGACAUUCUUUUGAACACAUUUCUCUGAUUCCCCCUGAAACGUCUACUGUCCUAAACAGUCUUAAAGAAAAACAUAAACACAAGUGUAAGCGCAGGAGUCACGAUUAUCUCAGCUAUGAUAAAAUGAAAAGACAGAAACGAAAACGGAAAAAGAAAUAUCCCCAGCUUCGCAGUAGGCAGGAUCCAGACUUUAUCGCAGAGCUAGAGGAGCUAAUAAGUCGUCUAAGUGAAAUCCGGAUCACCCAUCGCAGUCAUCAUUUCAUUCCCCGAGACCUCCUGCCCACUAUCUUUCGAAUCAACUUUAAUAGUUUCUAUACACAUCCUUCUUUUCCUUUAGACCCUUUGCACUACAUUCGGAAGCCUGAUUUAAAAAAGAAAAGAGGAAGGCCCCCUAAGAUGAGGGAGGCAGUGGCAGAAAUGCCUUUUAUGCACAGCCUUAGUUUUCCUUUAUCUAGUACUGGAUUUUAUCCUUCCUAUGGCAUGCCUUAUUCUCCUUCACCCCUUACAGCUGCUCCAAUAGGGUUAGGUUAUUAUGGAAGGUAUCCCCCCACUCUUUAUCCACCACCUCCAUCUCCAUCAUUCAGCACUCCACUGCCACCUCCUUCCUAUAUGCAUGCUGGUCAUUUAUUGCUCAAUCCUACCAAAUACCAUAAGAAAAAGCAUAAGCUCCUUAGACAGGAGGCAUUUCUCACAACCAGCAGGACGCCCCUCCUUUCCAUGAGCACCUACCCCAGCGUACCUCCAGAGAUGGCUUAUGGUUGGAUGGUGGAGCAUAAACACAGACACCGUCACAAACACAGAGAGCACCGUUCUGAGCAACCCCAGGUUUCCAUGGACUCUGGCUCUUCCAGAUCUGUCUUGGAAUCUUUGAAGCGUUACCGGUUUGGAAAGGAUACUGUUGGAGAUAGAUAUAAGCAUAAGGAAAAGCACAGGUGCCACAUGUCCUGCCCUCAUCUCUCUCCUUCAAAGAGCUUAAUAAACAGAGAAGAACAGUGGGUUUCUCGAGAGCCUUCAGAAUCCAGUUCUUUAGCCUUGGGAUUGCAAACGCCUUUACAGAUUGACUGCUCGGAAAGUUCCCCAAGUUUGUCCCUUGGAGGAUUUACUCCCAGUUCUGAGCCAGCUAGCAGUGAUGAACAUAUGAACCUUUUUACAAGUGCAAUAGGCAACUGCAGAGUUUCAAACCCUAACUCCAAUUGCCGCAAGAAAUUAACUGACAGCCCUGGACUCUUUCCUGUGCAAGAUACUGCCCUGAAUCGGCCUCUCAGAAAGGAAGCCCUGCCUUCCAGUGAAAGGGCAAUUCAAACAUUGGCAGGAAAAAGACCCCUCAGGGACAAACCCUGCCAGCAGAGGGUUGAAAGCACUGGCUGCUCUCCCAGAGGUCAGAGGACAACUAGUGAGAGUAAUUCCUCCUCUGUGAAUGGAAUUCCCUCCAGAAGUCCCAGAUUGGUUGCGUCUAUGGAUGAUUCUGUAGACAGUCUGUUGCAACGGAUAGUACAUGAUGAGCAAGAGUCCAUGGAGAAAAGUACUGAUGCUGCAGUUACAGCUGUGUCUGUACCACCUUCCUCCAGUCCAGGCCAUAGCUAUAGCAAAGAGCGAGCCCUAGGUAAAUCAGAUAGUCUUCUAAUGUCUGCGGUCCCAGGUGACUCUUGUGAUAAUAAUGUCCCACUUCUUUCUGAAAAGUUAGCAAGUCGAUGUUCUCCCCAUCAUAUCAAGAGAAGUGUAGUUGAAGCUAUGCAGCGCCAAGCUCGGAAAAUGUGCAAUUAUGACAAAAUCUUGGCCACCAAGAAAAACCUGGACCACGUCAAUAAAAUUUUAAAAGCCAAAAAACUUCAAAGGCAGGCCAGGACAGGGAACAAUUUUGUGAAACGCAGACCAGGUCGACCUCGGAAAUGUCCCCUCCAAGCUGUGGUAUCAAUGCAAGCAUUCCAGGCUGCCCAGUUGGUCAAUCCAGAAUUGAAUGAAGGUGAAGAAGUAGCGCUGCACCUAAGUCCAGACACAGUUACUGAUGUGAUCGAGGCUGUGGUUCAGAGUGUGAACCUUAAUUCAGAACAUAAGAAGGGGUUGAAGAGGAAAAAUUGGCUGUUAGAAGAACAAAGUAGGAAAAAGCAGAAGACAAUACCAGAGGAAGAAGAACAAGAAAACAAUAAAAGUUUUAUAGAAACACCAGCUGAAAUUCCCAUUCCUCUUGAAACCCCCACCGAACCUUCUGAACCUGAAAGUACCUUGCAACCUGUGCUGGCUCUCAUCCCACGAGAAAAGAAGGCCCCACGUCCUCCAAAGAAAAAGUACCAGAGAGCUGGGCUGUAUUCUGAUGUUUACAAAACCACAGACCCAAAGAGCCGAUUAAUCCAGUUAAAGAAAGAGAAGCUGGAAUAUACUCCAGGAGAGCAUGAAUAUGGAUUGUUCCCAGCACCAAUUCAUGUUGGAAAGUACCUGAGACAGAAAAGAAUUGACUUCCAGCUUCCUUAUGACAUCCUCUGGCAGUGGAAACACAAUCAGCUAUACAAAAAACCAGAUGUCCCCCUGUAUAAAAAAAUUCGUUCAAAUGUCUACGUUGAUGUCAAACCUCUUUCUGGUUAUGAGGCUACCACCUGUAACUGUAAGAAGCCGGAUGAUGCCACCAGGAAGGGCUGUGGGGAUGACUGCCUCAAUAGAAUGAUCUUUGCUGAGUGUUCCCCUAACACUUGCCCGUGUGGUGAGCAGUGCUGUAACCAGAGGAUACAGAGGCAUGAGUGGGUGCAAUGUCUGGAACGAUUUCGAGCUGAAGAAAAAGGUUGGGGAAUUAGAACCAAGGAACCCCUGAAAGCUGGCCAGUUCAUCAUAGAAUACCUAGGGGAAGUUGUCAGCGAACAAGAAUUCAGGAACAGAAUGAUUGAACAGUAUCAUAAUCACAGUGACCAUUACUGUUUGAACCUGGAUAGCGGAAUGGUGAUUGACAGUUAUCGCAUGGGAAAUGAGGCCAGAUUCAUCAACCACAGCUGUGACCCAAAUUGUGAAAUGCAGAAAUGGUCUGUUAAUGGAGUGUACCGUAUUGGACUCUAUGCGCUUAAGGAUGUGCCGGCUGGGACUGAGCUCACCUAUGACUACAACUUCCAUUCCUUCAAUGUGGAAAAACAGCAACUUUGUAAAUGUGGUUUUGAGAAAUGUAGAGGAAUCAUCGGAGGCAAAAGUCAGCGGGUGAAUGGACUCACUAGCCAUAAAAGCAGCCAGCCUGUGAGCACACAUAAAAAGUAUGGACGGUCGAAAGAGAAGAGGAAGUCUAAACACAAGCUGAAGAAAAGGAGAGGCCAACCCUCUGAAGAGCCCAGUGAAAACAUCAAUACCCCAACAAGAUUGACUCCACAAUUACAGAUGAAGCCAAUGUCCAAUAGAGAGAGAAACUUUAUAUUAAAGCAUCAUGUGUUCUUGGUCCGAAACUGGGAAAAGAUUCAUCAGAAACAGGAAGAAGUAAAGCACAACCGUGACAUCCACUCAACAUCAUUGUACACCCGUUGGAAUGGCAUCUGCAGAGAUGACGGGAAUAUUAAGUCUGAUGUCUUCAUGACCCAGUUCUCUGCCCUGCAGACAGCUAGAUCUGUUCGAACAAGACGCUUGGCAGCCGCAGAAGAAAACCUGGAAGUGGCCCGGGCAGCACGCCUAGCACAGAUCUUCAAAGAGAUCUGUGAUGGUAUCAUCGCUUACAAAGAUUCUUCACAACAAGCCCUUGCAGCUCCGCUUUUGAAUCUUCCCCCAAAGAAAAAGAAUGCUGACUAUUAUGAGAAGAUCUCUGACCCCCUGGACCUCAGCACCAUAGAGAAGCAGAUCCUCACUGGGUAUUAUAAAACAGUGGACGCUUUUGAUGCUGACAUGCUCAAGGUCUUUCGAAAUGCUGAGAAGUACUAUGGUCGUAAAUCUCCAAUUGGGAGAGAUGUUUGCCGCUUACGAAAGGCCUAUUACAGUGCCCGGCAUGAGGCAUCAGCGCAAAUUGAUGAGAUUGUGGGAGAAACAGCAAGUGAGGCGGACAGCAGUGAGACCUCCGUCUCUGAAAAGGAGACCGGGCAUGAAAAGGACGAUGAUGUCAUCCGGUGCAUCUGUGGCCUCUACAAGGAUGAAGGCCUUAUGAUCCAGUGUGACAAAUGCAUGGUGUGGCAGCACUGUGACUGCAUGGGUGUGAACACAGAUGUGGAGCACUACCUUUGUGAGCAGUGUGACCCUCGGCCUGUGGACAGGGAGGUACCCAUGAUCCCUCGGCCCCAUUAUGCCCAACCUGGCUGUGUCUACUUCAUCUGUUUACUUCGAGAUGACUUGCUGCUUCGUCAGGGUGAUUGUGUGUACCUGAUGAGGGACAGUCGACGCACACCUGAUGGCCAUCCAGUCCGUCAGUCCUACAGACUGUUAUCACACAUUAACCGAGAUAAACUUGACAUCUUUAGAAUUGAAAAGCUUUGGAAGAAUGAGAAAGAGGAACGGUUUGCCUUUGGUCACCAUUAUUUCCGCCCCCAUGAAACCCACCACUCUCCAUCCCGUCGGUUCUAUCACAAUGAGCUAUUUCGGGUGCCACUCUAUGAGAUCAUUCCCUUGGAGGCUGUAGUUGGGACCUGCUGUGUGUUGGACCUUUAUACAUAUUGUAAAGGGAGACCUAAAGGAGUCAAGGAACAAGACGUCUACAUCUGUGACUAUCGGCUUGACAAGUCAGCACACCUAUUUUACAAAACCCAUCGGAACCGAUACCCUGUCUGCACCAAACCCUAUGCCUUUGAUCAUUUCCCCAAGAAACUCACUCCCAAAAGAGAUUUCUCACCUCAUUAUGUCCCAGACAACUACAAGAGGAACGGAGGGCGAUCAUCCUGGAAGUCUGACCGCUCAAAGCCUCCCCUAAAAGACCUAGGGCAAGAAGAUGAUGCUUUGCCCUUGAUUGAAGAGGUGCUGGCCAGUCAGGAGCAAACAGCUAGUGAGACGCCCAGCCCUGAGGAGCCAGAAAAGGAGAGAGUCACUACUGAUAUUGACAAUGGGAAGAAACCAGAGGAGAAUAAUCAAGAGCCCCAGUUACCCAGCACACCUGAGGAACGAAGGCACAACCAACGGGAACGGCUCAACCAGAUCUUGCUCAACCUCCUUGAGAAAAUCCCUGGGAAAAAUGCCAUCGAUGUGACCUACCUGCUGGAGGAAGGAUCAGGCCGGAGACUGCGAAGGCGCACUUUGUUUAUACCAGAAAACAGCUUUCGGAAGUGACUCUUAAAGAAACAAGAACUUGGAGCAUCUGGGAUCCAGUGAAGCCAACAAGUCCAGUCUCUUGCUCUCCGAGUGUGGACAGGGGCGGGUCCAUCCAGGCAAGGGGAGUGGGGUCCGUCUUUGACGUUAGGUACUUACUAAACAUUGGAGCUAGUGGAGAAGGGGGGAAGAAGAGGAAGUAGGCUUGAGGCUGUUGAGUUUAUUUCUCCUCUUGAUGGCUUUACCGUAAGGGUUACAGUAGGGAGGAGGACCUUGGUAGGAAUAGCCAGGAGCUGUUGGUACUUUACAGCAGUUGAUACUCCUCACAGCUGGGCUUCUCUGGGCUGUCCUCUAACCCUGCAAGCACUAAAAAUGCUGCUUCCUAUGACCAGGUCUAAAUUCAGACUCCAAAGGGAAGGUCCUGGAUCCCAGCCCUAUCCCGUUUGUUCUCUUUUAGCUCUGAGACUCGGAGAGAGACCUAAAACAGAUGUCGUAGCUGGGGCCUCUCCUUAGUUCCUGGACCAGGGAAGUUCUCUCUCCUCCUUGCCCAGCCAGGUUAAAGUGAUAGAACAUGAACUGACUGCUCAGAGCCCUUGGAACUGCUGCCGCUCUCCCACCUCUGCUCCCUAAAACAGAGUCAACAGAGUCAUGGGCUAGGGGAGGCCCCUAUGGGGUCAAAAGGGCAGUAUUUGUAAUUAUUUUUGUUUUACCCUUCAUAACCUUGCUGAACCUGUUUUUCCUACUGAGACAGCCAAGCCCCCGCCAGCACACAUGCUGCUUCUCUUCCUGUGUCUGCU